AUGGCAACUGCAACUAUGGCCACGGCUGCUGGUGCAGCUGCUCUUUUGUAUUAUACAUUAAAUAAGAAAUUACAAUCAAGUAGAACGUCAGGAGAUAAUGAUAAUGAUGAUGAAAAUGGUAUUGAUGUGCAUAAUCAUGCUCCUCUAGGGAUUGAGCGGGUUUCCCAUAGACUUAUUCAAGCCCCUGCCACAUGGUUGGAUACAAUUUCAACAUUAUCUGAGACUCUUAGGUUUACUUAUUCUGAGACCUUAGGGAAGUGGCCCAUAGGGGAUUUGGCUUUUGGGAUCAACUUCCUCUUAAAAAGACAGGGAAACUUACAUGUCAGCAGCAUAUUUGGUGCUAAAGAUAGUUUACAACUUAAAGGGCCUGAAAUGGCUGCAGAGCUUAGAUAUCUCUUAAACUUGUUGACCUUAUGCUGGCAUUUCUCGAAAAAACCCUUUGAAGUAUUUUUAGAGGAGACCGGCUAUCCCCAAGAAAAUGUUCUACUUCAGGAACCCAAAGCUGGAAUUUUGAAGCCAGCUUUUACGAUAUUGAUUGACCACAAAACAAAGUUGUUCCUUCUAUUAAUUCGUGGGACGCAUAGCAUCAAAGAUACACUGACUGCCGCUACUGGUGCAGUGGUACCAUUCCAUCACACGGUUGUGCAUGAAGGAGGAGUUAGUAAUUUAGUCUUAGGCUAUGCACAUUGUGGAAUGGUUGCUGCUGCUCGGUGGAUUGCAAAACUCGCAACUCCUUGUCUUAUAGCAGCACUCCACAAAUAUCCUGAUUAUAAACUUAAGAUUGUAGGACAUUCAUUGGGCGGAGGCACUGCAGCACUUUUAACAUAUGUAUUGCGUGAGCAGAAGGACUUGUCAACUACUACAUGUGUUACAUUUGCUCCAGCUGCUUGUAUGACCUGGGAACUCGCGGAAUCAGGCAAUGAAUUCAUUACUUCUGUUAUUAAUGGAGCUGAUUUAGUGCCAACAUUCUCAGCUGCUUCAGUGGAUGACUUGCGUGCUGAGGUGACAGCUUCUGCUUGGCUGAAUGAUCUGAGGAAUCAGAUUGAGCGGACCAGAAUUCUUAGUACUGUCUAUCGUUCAGCAUCGGCACUAGGAUCUCGUCUUCCAUCCAUUGCCAGUGCUAGAGAAAAAGUUGCUGGGGCUGGUGCAAUGUUGCGUCCAGUUUCGAGUGGUACACAGGUUGUGAUGAAAAGGGCCCAAAGCAUGGCUCAAGCAGCAUGGUCACGCCCUAACCUUCGCUUAUCCUCAUGGUCAUGUAUGGGUCCCCGUCAUCGAGCCACAGCUGCUCGUACAAGCUCAAACAAAUUGGGGAAAUCUCCAGAACAUUCUUCCACAAUAAUAGAGACUUCUGAUCCUCUACUUACAUCCACCCAGGAGACUACUAGUAUUGAGACUGUAGGACUUCCAGCAUCGUCCUCUGAUGGAAUGGUAUGGAAUUCAGAAAUUGAAUGUUCUUGUUCAGAUGAUAUGGUUCUGCAAAGUGAUGUGGAUGGUGGUCUUCGUGGUGGUGAGGAUCUCAUGGACCAUGGCAGACAUGAAGACCACAUGACUGAAGUUGAUUUAUGGCAACAUCUUGAACAUGAGCUAUAUGAUCGAACAGAAGAAGAGGAAGCUGAUGUGGCAAAGGAAAUAAGGGAAGAAGAAGCAGCCGCCAUUGCAGAGGUUUGUGAGAGCCAGCCCGAAAGCUCUGUGCCAGAGACAAAGGAGGUGCACAGAUUUUUCCCUCCAGGAAAGAUCAUGCAUAUUGUUACACUCCCUUUGGAUAAGCCAAGGGUUGAAAGUGCUAACACUUCCUCCACUGACAUUGACAUGAACAAUGGCCAGCUGGCUGAGACCAAGGUGAGGAUUUUUCUCACCUCUAGGUCCCUGUAUAGCAAGCUGAGGCUGUCACAGACUAUGGUCAGUGAUCACUUUAUGCCAGUUUAUAGAAGACAGAUUGAAAAGCUGAUCACAGAACUUGAGAAGGAAGAAACUUCCGAACAUCAUUUGAGCGAAAAACCUGAAGUGGUGUUAUAGGGAGAAGGGCAAUUGAAAUAGUAUAAGCAGCAGCAGCAGCAGCAGCAGCACCAACCAUGUUUAGGGCAUACUUGAUUUAUAUUUCGUACUUUUAGGUUUCAAUUUAUCUUCAAACCAUAGUCUAAAGCCUGCAUAGGCAAAGCAUGGUAAUUGACAAGUGUUGCUUUGACCUGGAGCCCUUUGAGACAUCCAUGGAUGAACAACGUUGGGAGCUUAUACUUUUCAGAUUGGAUACAGCUUUUAGAAUUUAUAUCAUGUAUACAUACUAAUUUAGGUUUGAGAUCUUUGGAUUCUUGUGUAUGUUACUUUUAACGUAGUUCAAUCUAAU